AAUGUCAUGAAGAUUACUCUCAAGAUGUAAAGAUACCCAGAGGAACUAAUGUGAAGAACAUAAGUGUGCAUGUGUGUGUUAAUGGGCUUUCUAGAAAUCUGGGAGUCAUGGUGAUCUUGAGAGAGGGGAUCUGCCCUGGAAUAAACGAGGAAUUCAUUAAGGCUUUACAAUCAGAGGACAUCAGAACAGUUGAGGACUUUGUCUCGUGUAACCCAGAAGAACUUGCAAAAAAGUGUUCAUUGUCUUACAAGGCUCUAGUAGCUGUUCGGCGUGUGCUCUUGGCUCAGUGCGCUGCUUUUCCUGUCUCUGGAGCUGAUCUCUAUGAAGAGCUCUUGAGCUCCACAGCUAUUCUGUCCACCGGCAGUCCCAGUUUGGAUAAGCUGUUAGAUUCUGGGCUGUACACUGGGGAAAUAACUGAGCUGAUAGGAAGUCCAGGGAGCGGGAAAACACAGGUGUGUUUUAGUGUUGCGGUUAAUAUGUCCCACCAGCUGAAGCAGACUGUGUUUUACAUUGACACAAGGGGUGGUGUGUGUGCCAACCGACUGCUUCAGAUGCUACAAACCAGGACCCCUAAUAUGGAGGAGCAGAUGGAUGCACUUAAAAAAAUCAAGGUGUUCAGAGUAUUUGACGUCUUCUCUUUGCUCGCAUGUCUUCAAAAUCUAAGAUCGAAUGGCCUUCAGAAGGCGUCUGUUGGAGGCGGUUCAGUCAAAGCGCUGAUGGUGGAUUCAGUCUCUGCUGUGCUCUCAUCCAUGCUCGGAGGGAAACAAAAUGAGGGUAUGUCCCUGCUAAUGCAAGUUGCUGGGGAGAUGAAGAUGAUCGCCAAAGACUUCAACAUUGCUGUGCUGGUGACAAACCAUGUGACCAAAGAUGGAAAUGGGCAUUUGAAGGCUGGACUAGGCCAGUCGUGGAGCCAUGUGCCACGCACACGUGUACUCCUGCAGAGAGUGGAGAACGCAGAGACUCCGUCCUUACGAACCGCAACUCUGACCAAAUCAUCACGACAGGCUUGUCGUCUGGUAGAGGAGUUUGAUCUUUGUCACUGGUCUGAAGAGAGGAGCACCUCCAUUUCAGGCAAGAGGAAACUAGAAAGCAGUAAACCUUGACAGAAGUUCCACUCAGUGUUUUCAUAGACGAUACAAACGGCCGUCCUUCUUUUGAUUUCAAAGACUAAGAGGAAUAUUUAGAGUCAGUGUAAAUAAAUAUGUAUAUUAU